AUGGCCUCUUCCACCGUUGUCCUUGUCCCUGGUGCCUGGCAUCAGCCGUCCUGCAUGCGCCAGCUGCAGGAUGAACUGACAGGCCGGGGGCUAAACGCCAUCACUGUUGCUCACCCGUCCAUUGGCAACACCUCACACCCGCUGAAGACCUUGGUGGAUGACAGGGCGAGUCUGCACGCCGUCAUCGAGGAACUCGCUGAUAGCGGCCAUUACGUGACUGUGGUAGCUCACUCUUAUGGAGGUGCAGUUACCUCGGGCGCAUCUGAAGGGUUGGGCGUCGCCGAGCGACGUGCGGCUGGCAAGCCAGGUGGGAUUGUUAUGAUCGUAUACCUUGCAGCCUUUGUCGUCCCUAAAGGCCAAACUCUUCUCGGUUACUUCGGUGGAGUCGCCCCUUCCUUCUGGGAGAUUAAGGGUGACUUUAUCUAUGCCAACAAUCCGAUCAUCAGCGAUCCGGCCAACCUCUUCUACAAUGACCUCCCCAGCGACGUCCAGGAUUACUGGAUCUCUCAGCUCCUCCCCAUAACAGCGGGGUGUUCCCAAGUACCCAACACUUACGAGCCGUGGAAGUAUAUUCCAUGCACGUAUAUAAAAGCCAAGCAGGACCAAGCUCUGUCACUGGAGAUGCAGGAGAGCAUGAUCGCCACAAUGGAAUCCGUUACGACGCGGACCCUGGACUCCUCUCAUUCGCCUUUUCUGAGCAUGCCCCGUGAUGUUGCCGUGCUGGUCCAACAAUCGGUUGAGGAGGGACUGGUAAAAGCCGCUGGUGUUGAUAUUCCUACGGCAUGA